AAGUCAGGGCCAUGUGUGUUGUGGAACGUCGCCUUCCACCGACAUGACGUUCAAAUUCACAGCCAUCACGCGGCCACCACCCACAACAGGGCCCUGAACUCACUCGUUGUCGUCAGCGUCUUCUCCGGCAGCAGCUGUCCCUUCAGCGUCCUAACAGGACUGUCUGCAUACGUAGUAGCGCUUGGUUCCCGUAUACUCUGUACUGGACGUAGAGCGAGCAGCCAUCGUUCAAAGUCUUCUCACCGGUCGUUAUUCAGCGCGUACGUUCCACUCCCGACGUCUUGCAAUCCCGCCGGCCGUAUAUCGGCACCACAGACCGCAAGGGCAUCUACCUAGACACCAGGCGCUGGCGCCCACUAGGGAAUCGUAGAUAGAAAACCAACCUCUCUACCACACCUACCAACUUCGACAUAACCACUUCGAGUAAAGGGUGAUGCCAUUCGAGGCCGGCCCGGCCUCCCUCCCGUCCCCGGACGCUUCGCCGUCGACGGAGCCGUUGGAACUUCCAGCGGCGCUGAAGGGUGAUGAGCGGAGUGCGGGGAUGUUUAUGGGUGAGAAUGGCCCCGACAAUAUGGCAGAAGUGGAUGAGGACGCACAACAGAACCAAUCCCUCCAUCUCUCGCACAUCUUCGUAACAUGGAUAUUCGGCGUCUUCCUCGUCACCGCCUUCUUCGCCGUCCCCGUCUCCCUCCUCUUCUUUCCGCUAGCCGCUGUAGCCGCCGUACCCAUCGUCACGUCCGCCACCGUCUGUUUCUACUCGACAAAGAUCGUGUACAUGGGUCUCAGGAGGGUCGCAAGGCGGUUAGGGUUCGGCCGGAAAAAGACCAAAAGCGAUGCCGCCGCGAAGAAAGAUGAUACCCUCGGCGAGUACAAGAUGCAGUAUUACCUGAGCGAUGACGCGGCAGAAACGGGUGAUGACGAGGUCUUGAUGUCCGAUGUCGACGCGAUGAGCGAUUCUUCAGCUGGAGCUGGCGUGCAUACCACGCAACGAUACCCACAUCCGCAGCAACAGCUGCAAACGCACUCCAGCAAUGGAAGUCUGAAUGCCGCCGUUAACAACGCGUUCUACACACAUUCUAAUUUCUCCAAGCCGGAUUUGGGGUUGCAGCAACGGAAGCCGCUGCCGCAGUUGUCGAGACACGGGUCGUUGCGGUACUCGUUGAGUCCGAAUGCGCAGGGGGAGGAGAUGCCGCAGGAGCCGGGGUCGCGGUUGUCGUGGCAUGGGGGGAGUUCGACGGCGCCGACGCUUGAGCGACGCUACUCGCACUCAGAGCGCAAAAACUCGCUCUCAAGUCUCGUCUCCCCCAUCCACAGCUCCCCAUCCCACCAGCAAUACCCAAGCUCCUACCAACACCCAACGCACGCGCACGCACACUCAUACCCGCAACACCAGCACCAACACGCCCAGCCGCACCCCCAACACCAUCCUCCACAUUCCCAACAACAACAACACGCCGCCCUUCCUCCACCAAUGCCACCAACCCCCGAACCCAAAAUCGCCGUCCGCCACCUUCGCCAAGGCGACGAGCACUUCAUCCGGAUCUGCCGCGAUCUCCUCCGAUCAGCCGCACACUCCUCCAAAAAAGAAAAGGCCGAUUCACAUAUCCCCUCCGAUGACACGGAUGGAACGGAAGAUGAGGAUGAUGACGAUGGGAUCGUGUUCCCGCGAGUGGGACCGGAUGAGGAGAACGACCACCAUAUAUUGUCGUAUUGGAGGGCGGAGACGGGGCGGAAUCGCGACAGUGCGAAUUUGGGGACGAGGGAUUUGGUUGGGUUUAUCGAGUAUUUCCACCCCCUAACAGAUCCAACCCACAUCUGCAUCGACAAACUCUACGUGAACAAUCUCUACGAAGGCCGCGGCUUCUCCCGCCGCCUCAUCCAGGAACUGCAUCGCCUGCCGCGCAUCCAGACUGUCCAGGUCUGGUCUCUGUGGCAUACGGAGGGGUUUUAUAAGGAGCAUGGGUAUGUUGAUGUGCCGGAUGCGAGCCAUGUGGGAGAUCAGGAUGCGGAUGGGGAGGGGCAGGUGGUCCCAAGGGUGAAGGCGGAUUGGGGCCCGCUGCUGGUGUGGGUGAGGCCGCCGGUGCCGAGGGGGGAUGUGGGAGACGGGGGAGGGGGCAAUGCGAGGGCGACGAGGGAGGAGAAGAAAGGGUGGAGGAUGAGUGUGGUUGGGGAUGGGGCGUAUCGGUUUUAGGCAAAUGGGACAUUGGGAUGGACUUUCUUCGCGAGCGAGGAUGAGGGCCCCCUGCGUGAGACGCUUUUCCUUAGUGCUCAGCGAUUUGUAGCCACCGAUGGUUGUGUAUUCUUGAACAUUCUUCUCUUGUUUUUCUGCCUGGCAGGGUCGUUGUGCAGUAUGUAAAUGGUUUUAUGUAGAGUAAGAUCUAGAUCUUAUGAAUAUGGGUG